ACCGACCUGUGAUUCCUGUUCCUGCCACUUCACAGCACUGGAGACGAGCAUGCCAGAGGAAAUUUGGGCUACCUGGACCAAGUGGCUGCCCUAUGCUGGGUCCAGCAGAAUAUUGCCUCCUUUGGAGGCAAUCCUGGCCAGGUCACUAUUUUUGGUGCAUCGGCAGGUGGCUCAAGUGUGUCCUCACUUGUCAUGUCCCCAAUGUCCAAAGGACUCUUCCAUGGAGCCAUUAUGCAGAAUGGAGUGGCUCUGCUACCUGACCUUAUCUCUGACACACCUGAGGUGGUCUACACAAUGGUGGCAAACUUAUCAGGAUGCGAGGCCAAGGACUCAGAGGCCCUGGUACAUUGCCUUCGAGAGGCUGCCUCCUGAAUGUAGUGACCUGCUAAUGCAAGAAUACAUGGGGGAUGUUGAGGACCCCAAGAACCUCCCAGCACAAUUCAGAGAGUUGAUGGAGGACUUCACGUUUGUGAUUCCUGCACUCCAAGUAGCAUAUUUUCAAUGUUUUCAUGCUCCUGUCUACAUCUAUGAGUUCCAGCACCAGUCCAGCUUCAUCAAGAAUAAGGAUGCCAGACCAUCCCAUGUUAGGGCUGACCAUGGUGAUCAUGCUGUCUUUGUGUUUGGCUCUGACUUCUGGGGCUCAAAACGUGAGUCUUCCUUGUUUCUCUUGAGCAGAAUGGAACCUCUGAUGGAUUCCUGA